CAUGGAAAAAAAGAAAAAAGAAAAAAGAGCAAAACCCCUACUCCAAUAUUCUAUCCCCAUCAAACGCUUUGAGUGACCCCCCGUCUCAUUUCCAACGACAGUGAGGUGGUCUCGGGGUUUAACAUCGGAAACUAGAUCUACUGUUGGAGAAUUCCCAGGGGAUUAUGAAGUAAGCCAGUUGUUGAGAUGAGUUGCAUUCAUUCGGGUGCCUGCCAGCUUGCCUGUACACCUUCUGCAUUCCCAGUGCAGGCUUUUCAACUUAAUAGGACAUCUCUAUGCACAUCAAUUUACCUGGGAACAAAACUUCCUAAGAUCUCCUUGAAGUUAAACUCUAGUACAACUAGGCACCAGCGAGCUGGAAUUGCUUGUUUGUUUGGGGGUAAAGGGAAGUCAGAGAAUGGGAAUGAGACAUCUCCAUGGAAAGCUCUAGAAAAAGCCGUGGGCAAUUUUAAAAAGGAUCGGUCAAUUGAGGAUGUAUUGAGGCAGCAGAUUGAGAAACAAGAGUACUAUGAUGAUGGAGGUAAUGAUGGGAAACGUCCAGGUGGCGGGGGUGGUGAUGGUGAUGGUGAUUAUGAAAGCAAAGAUGAUGAUCUUUCAGGAAUGUGGGAUGAGUUCCUGCAAGUGUCUUUGGCAACUAUGGCCUUCAUAUUUGUGUACAUUUACAUCAUUGAUGCGGAGGAGGUUACUGUGCUUGCAAAAGACUUGACAAGGUAUCUCUUUAGACGUCAACAGAGUAUCCGUCUAAGGCGUCUCAUGAAUCGAUGGAAGAGGUUCUUUGAGAGGAUGAAAAAAAAAGAAGUGUUCGACGACCCAUAUUGGUUGGAACGUGAAAUACUUAAUACCCCUACAUGGUAUGACAGCCCUGCUAAGUACAGGUUGAUCGCGAGAGCUUAUCUGAAUUCGAGAUCUGAUAUCUGAUGAUUGACACCAGAAUUGUCAUCUUUUCCAUUUUGGAUGGUUUCUUUAUGACUUCUUCAGCAUCUUAGUGAAUGUGCUUGACUAUUGUUUGACAUUUUCCAUGAAAGGGUGAAGAGAGCCCAAGUAUUAGGAAAAAACAUGUUGAUGUAUAAGAUUGUAAAUUAAAAUGCUUUUAUUUCUAAAGUUCUGCUGCUUCUGAAAAUCUCUUUCUA